AUGUCGGCGGUCGAGUUCCUCUACUCAAACACGGAUUUCGCGCAACUCAACUGGUUCGAACAUAAAUGGGUACAGUGGUACCUUUCGUUCAAGGACCCGGCAAUUGCGACGGGUAUUAUGUCCUUUAUUUUACACGAGGUGAUUUACUUCGGUCGUUGCAUCCCGUGGAUUAUCGUCGACGCCAUUCCGUAUUUCCGUCGAUGGAAGCUCCAACCGAACAAAAUUCCAACUCCAGCGGAGCAGUGGGAGUGCACGAAGCUCGUGCUAUUUUCUCAUUUCACUAUUGAACUUCCACAGAUCUGGCUCUUCCACCCACUCGCUGAAGCACUCGGCAUGUCAACUUGGCAGGUUCCUUUCCCCGACUGGCGAACCAUGGCUGGCCAAGUAGCUCUAUUCUUUGUCCUUGAGGAUGCUACGCACUACGUUCUGCACCGGUGCUUACACUACGGACCAUUGUACAGACACAUCCACAAGCUUCAUCACAAGUACUCCGCACCGUUCGGACUUGCUGCUGAGUAUGCUCACCCGGCCGAGGUAUUCAUUCUUGGAAUUGGCACGAUCGGCGGUCCACUUCUUUACUGCUAUUUAACGCACUCUCUACAUAUCGCUACUGUUUACGUUUGGAUUAUCCUUCGUCUAUUCCAAGCUAUCGACGCACACUCUGGUUACGACUUCCCCUGUUCACUCCAACACAUCAUCCCCUUCUGGUCCGGUGCAGACCACCAUGACUUCCACCACAUGGCAUUCGUCAACAACUACAGCACCUCUUUCCGCUGGCUCGACUUCAUCUUCGGUACCGACGACAAAUACCACGAAUACAAACAAAAAAUGCGACAGGCGAAGGAAUCCGCUGCGAGUAAAGGUGUAUCACGUGAAGAGCAGGAACAAAUUGAGCGUAAGCUUGUGGAGGAACAUGAGAAAGCCGGUUUCAUUGCAGAAUCGAUCGCUGAGUCGAGACGUCCUUGGUAA